CGCGAUUAGAGGGGGCGGAUUUUCAUGCUCGAUCGGUACAAACAUCAUUGUUCGCCAUAAUAGAAAAUAACCCACAUGUUGCCUCUCUGUUUUUGUUCUGUUACUCGAUCAGCUGAUCAACUAUGGAGACUUCAAUCCUAAACGCGGCACACGAAAAACAAAGAAGAGCAGAUGCAUUGUUGCAAGAAGGUCGUUUUGAAGAGGCAGCCAAGUGUCAUGAAACAGUAGCCAGUCUCUUAGAAGAAGCACAUGUACAACUUGAAUCUAAUUUUUUUAAUUUGAAAACUUCCCGUUUAUCUAGUCAACCACCACCAUUCACACCAUUUACACCACCAUUUGUAAUCUCUUCUUUUCAAUCAUUUAUUACUUUGGAAUCUCUUGCUCUUCAACGUGAUUAUCAUAAAAGACAAGCUGCUGUAGUUAGAAUGAAACAAGCUCAAUACGAAGAGUACAAAGCCACAUUGGAAAACCAAAGAAAAGAAAUUCUUAGCAAACAAGUAUCUAAACAAGUUGAAAAGGAUACAUCUGAGUUUACAAGUGAUAAAUUUGAUGGGUCUCUACGGCAAGCUAUAUAUAGAACAAUCGAAGAGCAGGAUAGCCUUUUAACUUUAAUCUCAUUACCUAAUAGCGAAGAAAAAGCUUUUAAAUAUCCAAAGGAUGCUAGUACCGUUAUUGAGGAACUGAAAACUGCUAAUUGCCAAUUGCGUUGUCUAGUUGGUAGCUUGCUAAACCAAUUGGAGGCAAAAGAAGAAGAAGUGAGGCAAUUGACCGAACAACUUCACGCUGCUAACCUUAAUGAUGAAAGUAGAUUAGACAAUGCUUUAAGACUUGCACCUCUGCCACCUUUAACUCCUCUAGAAAUGCCUCUUUUUGACUUUACGUCAACAUAAAGUAUUAUGUGAUGAGUGUGAUUUUUUUUAUUGAAAUUUUUCAUCAAAUAAGAUGUAAAAACGAUUAUACAUAUAUAUAUUAUAUAUAUAUAUAUAUAUAUAAAUGAAAUCAGAUCUGUAAUAGUACAAAGAUUAACGCGAAUAUUGCUGCAGUAUUCAAUUUCUUACCGCAGAAUUUUAAAGUUUAAGUGUGCUAUAAAUAUAAUAUUUUAUAACCUUGAUAAAAAAUAAUUAUAUAACCACACUGACGAAUAGCGUAUUAGUACUUAUUCUCGUUCGUUUAGUAUC